AUGCAUGGCUUUGUAAGGAAAACCUUUACUUGUUCAUCCACUAAGGAUGCCUUUUCGGUGAAACUGUGGAGUCGGUGCAGACAGAGAGAAGAACUGGAGCCUCUGCCCCAAGAGGAGAGUGAUCGGAUCCAGGCUUUGGACAACUUUCUCAUUCACAACGCGAUCUGGGCUGUGGGACGGGCCUUACAUUCAGCGUCUGUAUCCAGGUCCAAGAGAUCACUCCACUCCUUCCUUCAAAACUCUCCGCUUCACAAUCAUUCCAUGGGUGGAGUAUACCUGGAUGAGAAAGGAGAUCUGACAGCUGACCUGGACAUUGUGAACUGGGUAGUUUUCCCCAACAAAUCGGUCAAGAGAGUGAAAUCUGGGAGUCUAGAAAACCAGGCAUCUCAGGAUUUUAAAUUUACCAUCGACCAGGAGAGUAUCGCCCAGGUGAAAAUGCUGACCAAGCCCCUGCCUCCUUCCCGGUGUGUGGAACGCUGUCGUCCUGGAUUCCGGAAGGUGGCUCAAGAAGGGAAGCCUGUCUGCUGCUACGACUGUCUUCCUUGUGCAGAAGGAACCAUCUCCACCAGGGAAGAUGCUGAAAAAUGCACCAAAUGUCCAGCAGAUCAGCAUCCAAAUAUCAACCGAGUUGACUGUAUACCGAAGAUUGACACUUUCUUAUCCUAUCAAGAAAAUUUUGGGAUGAUCCUAGCUUCCCUUGCCUUGUUCCUGUCUUUGGUAACAAGCUUAAUCUUGGGAAUCUUCAUUAAAUUCCAAGAAACUCCCAUAGUCAAAGCUAACAAUCGAGACCUCUCCUACAUCCUCCUUGUCUCCCUCCUGCUUUCCUUCUUGACCUCCUUCCUAUUUAUUGGCCAGCCAAGGAGAGCCACUUGCCUUCUCCAACAACCAGCAUUCAGCAAGAUCUUCUCAGUUGCUAUUUCUACUGUCUUGGCCAAAACAGUCACGGUGGUGUUAGCCUUCUUGGCCACAAAACCAGGGAAUAAAGUGCAGAGAUGGCUGGGGAAGAACCUGGCCAAUUCUAUCAUCCUUUCUUGCUCUGGUGUCCAAGUUGUCCUCUGCAGCCUCUGGUUGGGAAUUUCUCCCCCAUUCCCUGAGUCUGACAUGUUCUCACAAUCUGGGGAGAUCAUCCUGCAAUGUAACGAAGGCUCUGUUGCCAUCUUCUACCUUGCCCUUGGCUACAUGGGCUUCCUGGUUAUCAUCUCCUUCAUGGUGGCUUUCCUGGCCAGGAAUCUACCUGGGGUCUUCAACGAAGCCAAGAUGAUCACCUUCAGCAUGCUGGUCUUCUGCAGUGUCUGGGUCUCCUUUGUGCCAACUUACCUGAGCACCAAGGGGAAGUACAUGGUAGCCGUGCAGGUCUUCUCCAUCUUGGCCUCCAGUGCUGGCCUGUUGUGCUUCAUUUUCAUCCCCAAGUGUUACAUUAUUUUCCUAAGACCAGAUUUGAAUACAAACGAACAUUUAUUAUUUUAUAAGCCCGACUCUCAGGGAUCCAAUUACCUGAGCAUGAAAGAGAAGCCCAUGUUGGCCAAGGAGCUCUUCUCCAUCUUGGCCUCCAGUACUGGCCUCCUGAGCUGCAUCUUUAUCCCCAAGGGCUACUUGGUCAAGCCUAAUGAAGCCUUUCGGAUGCUCAAAGCCAAAUGCCUCCUGACUCUGGAGCAGGGCGAGGUGGACCCGCAGAAUCACUACAAGCCAGGAGAUUAUUACAUUAGUGGCAUAGUCUCUGCAAUGAAGCUCCACUCCUUCCUUCAAAACUCUCUGCUUCACAAUCAUUCCAUGGAUGGGGUAUAUCUGGAUGAGAAAGGAGAUCUGACAGCUGACCUGGACAUUGUGAGCUGGGUAGUUUUCCCCAACAAAUCGGUCAAGAGAGUGAAAUCUGGGAGUCUAGAAAAACAGGCAUCUCAGGAUUUUAAAUUUACCAUAGACCAGCAGAGUAUCACCCAGGUGGAAAUGCUGACCAAG